GAUGAGCAGGACAUGCAGGAAGUUGGAGGAACAUCUCAGGAAAUCUGCAGCUGCUCCCUCCGUUGUCAUGGAUCAGAUCCGAGGCCGAGUGGACGUCUGACUGCGGAGAGGAAGACAUGGCCGCCCUCGUCUGUCCAUCGGCGAGAACUCGCAGGUUUUCCUUCACAGAAACGUGAUGGUGCUCUGGACCGGCUGGGAAUCUCAUCCUGGACAGCAGCAGCUUCUUAUGAGAGGAUGAACUUUCUCAAGGAACCUUUUUACAUCAUGUGAGGCUUUCAAACUUAAAGAAGUCUUUGAACAAAGAGCUGCUGGUCCGUCAGGAUGACUCCUCUGUGGCUUCUUCUUCUGCUCACAUCAUCUAUCGACGCACAGCCAACCUCAGACUUUGUGACUGUCAACACCACUGAAGCUUUAAGGAAUGCUACAGAUCUCUCCACCGAUCCGUACGGAUCCUCCUUUCCCACAAUCCCCUCUGAGUCUGCAGCCACUCCUUCAGAAGCUCCCACGGAGGAGGAGGACGACUGGUCGGCGGCAGAGACCUUCCUCUACACCGGAGACCCCUCCAUCCUGAAGGUGGCUCGCUGCUCCCGCUCAUACAGCGCUCCGGGACAGUCCGGCCCCCUCCCCGCCAACUUCAUCCCCCCGCUGCAGGCCGCGCUCGACGCGUUGGCCAACACUGCCAACUUCCUCAACAUGAUCUUCCAGGCCAGCGACCUGCGGGAGAGCACGGUCCAGGAGGACAUGGAGUGGUACCACGCGCUGGUGCGCGCCCUCCUGGAGGCCGACGUGCUCAUCCAGCAGUCCCUGCUGACCUUUGACCCCGACCCGACGGCACAGGCCCCUCAGCUGGUGCUCCGUGCCUCUCGUAACGCCACGGCCAGAGUGCAGAACAUUGUCCUCCAGGAUCUGUCUAAAGUGUGGGAGAGCCUCCAUCCUCCGGCUCCAGCGCCGGAUGACGGCUGGUUCCUGAAGCUGAAGUUCUCCGAGUCCAACCAGCCGAGGGAGACCCUGUCCAAGCGGGUGCUGCUCAACGACCUCAACACCCUGGACACGCCAAAGUGGGGACAAGGAGACAGCUACGUGACCAACCGCAGCGGCGUGCGCUGGGCCAACUCCCCGUUCCUGGAGUGCAGGGACGGACGCUUCACCCCCGGCUGGGUGCUGACGCUCUCCACCUCCUUCUACGGACUCAAACCGGAUCUGACUCCAGAGUUCAGAGGAGUGAUCCGUGUGGACGUCAACAUCCAGGACAUCGACUUGAACCAGUGCGCGACUGGGAACAGAUGGUUCGCAGACACGCACCAGUGCAACCGCACCAGCAUGGAGUGUGUGCCGGUUCCAGGCCGCGGUUUUCGACUGGGUCAGUACUGCUGCCGCUGCAAGGAGGGAUACUACAACCCGGAAGUUUCACCUGAAGGUUCAGAUGGCGGCCCCAUGAACGGCAGCGACAGCAGCGGCACGUGUUACCCGAACAUGCCCAUCUGCCUCCCCUGUUGGCCGGGUUGCAGGAGCUGCCAGGACAGCACCCCCUGCUGGGUCCAGGAGGACUGGCCCUUGAGGGCCGGCGUUCUGGCCAUCCAGGGGGUCUUCAUGCUCCUCGUCUUCGUCAGCAUGCUGGUGGCCUACCAGCACCGGCGGGACCGGGUGAGUCAGAGCCGGGUGCUGGGCGGGGCCUCUCUGUGGAUGAGGCGCCAGAAUGAUGAAUAUGAAGGCAGGAGCAGCUUCACUAACACAACACGACAGGAAGGUGCAGAUCUGACCGUUUUCUUCCUCUUCCAGAGGAUCAGAGCGUCCGGCCUCCUGCUGCUGGAGACUAUCCUGUUCGGCUCUCUGCUCCUCUACUUCCCGGUCUUCAUCCUGUUCUUCAAACCUAGCAACUUCCGGUGUAUUCUGCUGCGCUGGGUCCGGAUGCUCGGAUUCUCCAUCGUUUACGGCACCAUCACGCUGAAGAUGUACAGGGUGUUGAAGGUGUUUCUCUCACGCACUGCCCAGCGAGUGCCCUACAUGUCCAGCCUCCACCUGCUGAGGAUUCUGGGAGUAAUGCUGAUGACAGUCAGCUGGUUUCUGUGUGCGUGGACUGUGGGCAUCCUGCAGAACCAAGACAGGAACAUUCCAGUGUUUGUCACAGCCACCACAGCAGAUGGGCAGGGCUUCAACCUGUGCUACCUGGACCGCUGGGACUACAUGAUGGCUGUGGCUGAGCUUUUGUUCCUGUGCUGGGGUAGCUCCCUUUGGACCGCUGUCAGGCCGGUCCCCUCUGCCUUCCACGAGCCUCGCUACAUGGGCAUAGCCAUCCACAACGAGCUGCUUUUUUCUUCCAUCUUCCACUUGUUCCGAUUCACCUUCACAUCUCUGCAUCCCGACUGGAUGUUGUUGCUCUCUUUUACGCACACUCACGUCACCAUCACUGUGACUCUGGCCUUGCUCCUAGGUCCAAAGUUCCUCUACACGUCUAAGCCAGUGAGAGACGAGAUUGCAGCUGAGGUGUACGAAGACGAAGUGGAUCUACGGCGCUCCGGCUCGUACCUCAACAAUAGUUUUCGUUCUGCCUGGAGUGAACACAGCGUGGACCCAGAGGACUUCCGGGAAGAACUGAAGAAGUUGUACUCCCAGUUAGAGGUCCAUAAGACUAAGAAGAUGAGUGCAAAUAACCCUCAUUUACCAAAGAAGCGCAGCUCUCGGUGUGCCCUGGGGAGAUCCCUCAUUAAACGCAUCGCUGAGAUCCCAGAAACGGUGAGCCGGCAGUGCAGUCGUGAAGAUAGAGACGGAUCAUUCCGGAGCAGAGCUGGAUCUUUCAGGAGUCGAGCUGGAUCUUUCCUCAGCAGGGGUGGAAAUCCCUCAGACUCGUUUAUGAUUACCCCUGAAACCAUUAGUAUCAGUUACAGAAGUUCAAUAAAGUCGCCAUCACCAUCCAUACGCAAGUCCCAAAGUGAUCAUUACCAUGUCCGGGACUCAUCACAGCGGGAAUCCAUGCUGAGGACCAAUUCAGUCAAAAGAUCCUCCCAACGAUCCGAGACAGACUCGCUGGACAUCACACCUGGAGUCUGCAAGUCAGCCAGCGCCCUGAAUCUGACAAUUGACACAAAUCUCCUGCAUCCGGAUCACAAUAGGCUUCAUAAGUCCUGGAGUCUAUGCUCCUCUACCACCAACUCGAUAGAGAAUGUAUCAAAGAUCUCCAGGUCCAGCACGAUGCGGUCUAGGCAAAGCAUAAGUGACCAGACGAGGAGCGCCCUCCAGUCGGAGUCCUUUGACAAGGCUGAGAUUUGUCCUUGGGAGUUGGAGACAGAACAAUCAGGAGAAAAGAGCCAGAAGCAUGUCACAUAUGCAAACUCUGAGGAAGGCGAGGAAAAGAGCGCCUCAUCCCCACAGGCUAUAGUGUGCCCAUGGGACCAUUUGCCCCCAGUGGAAAACACUCCAUCAGUCGAAAAAGUACAGCAAAAUGACAACGUCCCCCUGAAAAUACCAGUUACUGUAUCUUCAAGCGUACCCGGGUCCCCAAGACCUAAGGCAGCAAAGGAUCAGCGCGUGUUCUCCUUCCGGGCGGCAACAAAUAAGUGGCUUUCUGUGAAGUCAUUUAUGACUUCCAUAGAGGGAAGCAAGUCUCCCACUGAGGGAAACCUGAGUCGAGAGGACUCCCAAAAAAGCCAUGAAAGCAGUUCCACAAAGUCUGGGGCAUCUAGUAGACGGCCAAGCUUGGACAGAAGGUCGCUGCAGCACAUGGGCAUGUCCACAACUGAUGGAAAACCCUGCCUCGUGAAGCAGAAUGCUGUCCGAAUGUCUUCUGCAGAUUCUUCUGAACGAAGUCCACGCAGGCUUGUGAUUGUCAAGUCCGUUGUCUAUCCCAGGGAUGCAGAUGAUGUACAAAAAGAAGGAAACUACGAGAAUGUGAUUUUAUCAAGGCAAAGCAGCAGACGCAGUAGCAUAACCUCCUGGGAAACAGCCAGCAGCUCUAGAACUCCUUCAACACGAAGGAGAGGUAGUAGUCGAAUCAGACCAGUCUAUAAUGUUGCCCACGCAGAUGUUUGUCCAUGGGAAGGUUCCACCCAAGAAAAAGAAGGACCCAAGAAACAACAAAGCAUCAAACUAGAUGUUUCUCACCAAUCAUUAGUGCCAUCAGAACGAUCAAGCGUAUGUCCGUGGGAAUCUCAAGAACAAGGUACUGUGAAACAAGAAAGUGGUAAGACUGAAGUUUGCCCGUGGGAAUCUCAGGAUAUUCCUGGCUCUUCUCAAAUCAGUCUUUCCAAAGAUUCCCAGACUCAGUCUUUGAAACGUGUGGCGGAUGUAUGUCCAUGGGAGGUGACAGAAACUCCCCAGAUUUCAAUAAGACAGGAUAGUGACUAUGCAAAUGUUUGUCCUUGGGAUGUUCAAGACAAAUCAGAAGUUGUUUACGAAAACUUAAAUCCGUUAGAGACUAAAGGAACACUGACGGUACCUCAAAGACGAGAAGCGAUGAAAUCUGCCAUCUAUCCCAGUGCGCCCAAAGAUGGUGUGGAUACUGACCAACAACCAUCAACCCUGAAUCAGAAUGAGUCCAAGACAGCUGAAAGCUGUCCAUGGGAAUUUCCUGAACCACCUAAAAUUAUUGAAGAUAUCUGUCCAUGGGAAAGUGGGAGCAAGGAGUCUUUAACUGAAGAAUCAGUUUCACAAUCAACCAAUAAUUUAAACAUUUGCCCUUGGGAAACUGGGCAUCAAGGCAACCCAAGUAACUCUGGGGAAGCCAUUUCUAUGCAAAGUAAAGGGCCGGAAAGUUCCAAAGUAAAUGUGUGUCCCUGGGAAACCGAGAUCCCAGAAAGAACUGCAACUACAAAACCAGACUCACAUGAAGUGAAAAGACCUCCAGAGGUUUGUCCAUGGGAGGGUGUAGGAUCAGAAUCAGAAAGACAUGAUACCCCAAAAACCUUAAAAAAUUACGGACGAGAAGAUACAGCUCGGGUGAACGUUUGUCCGUGGGAGACAGAGGAACAGGGUGUGGCCAAAACAGGAGAAGUAAACCCAGACAACCCAAGAGAAGAGGUUUCACAAUCACAAACCAACACAGCAAAGGUCCUUAAAAAGCAAGAUAGUGCUCGGGCAGAUGUUUGUCCUUGGGAUUCGGAAGAACCAAGAGUCCUUAAAAAGCAAGACAGCAAUCGGGCAGAUGUUUGUCCUUGGGAUUCAGAAGAACCAAGAGUCCUUAAAAAGCAAGACAGCAGUCGGGCAGAUGUUUGUCCUUGGGAGAGCGAAAAGCCACCAGUUCUACAAAAACAAGACAGUGCUCGAGCAAAUGUUUGCCCCUGGGAAAAUGAAGAACCCAAGACUUUAAAAAAGCAAGACAGCAAUCGGGCAGAUGUUUGUCCGUGGGAUUCAGAAGACACAAAAGUAGUGACAAAACAAGGCAGCAUCAACACAGAUGCACAUCCAUUGGAGAACAAAGACACGGAAAGUUUAGGGAAAAAUGAAAGCAAUGGAACAGAUGGUUUUCAGGUUCCCAACAGUGUCAACAAUGAAGUCCCAGAGGAGCAGAAGAUGUUGGGUGAAGACGAGACUCCAGGAUACAUGAGCCCUGAGCAGACAGAUGAGACCAAGGCAAAUAUGGCCCUGGGCCGGCGUGACGCUUUGUGCCCAUGGGAGAUUACAAGAAGCACGUCAUUCACAGACAAUACCUCCGAUGUCUUCACAUGGGAACCUGAGAACAUCCCAGAGGAAGAUGAGGAAGAUGAUGCAGAAUGUGCUGCUGAGGCUCUGGUGUUUCCACCUGAUUUGUGAUCUAACCCCUGACCGGAGUUCACUGUUAUUUAUAAGUUUAGGAGUGUGACUUUUAUCCACCUUUUCUGGUGGUUCCAAACAAAGGAACACAGACUGCUCAACAGAACAUUGUUCCUUUUGUUGGCAGAAACACAAAAACACUUGAGAUGGACAAAAAUAAAAGACUGAUGAUUCGGUUGGGUGUAAAGUUGGGUUUGGACUCGUCCCAACGCAGAACAAGAACUCUGUCACCAGGCUAUGGCAGACUUUUGACGAACUCUGUACUUUGGAAAACAUAAUUUCUACUGAAGAAUAUAUAGCUUAGAGACAAAAUCCCUGGUUGGUCUGAUAAUAAGAAAUAUUCAGCAAUGGUUCAAAACAAUGUGUAACACAUAAAGCUCCUUUACUUCCUGCUUUUUUCUACUAUUUAAGCUUAAAGUUGCUCUUCUUUCUUUUUGUUUACUAAGUGGCACGAUUUGUAUUUGUUUGUAUGGUUUGCCCAUUUUUAAGUGAAAUCAACAACUAUUAUGUUGAAAUCAAAAGGCUUUUGAGUAUAUGGAAAAAACUUGUCUUUUUUAUGUUUAUGAGAUGUAUUCACAUUAGAGCCCAGAAUCCAGGUUUAAAAUACAAACCUCUAGAUAGUUUUAAAGACAAAUCUUGGAAGUUUUGAUGAACACGAUAAAACAGAACUUUUUUUGUCCCUAAAGUCCCACUCUAUUUUAUUUCCAUUGUAUAAUCAUUCCCUGAGUUUUCUUUUUAUUAUGAUUUUAAGCAAAAUCCAAAAGUCUUUCUUGCUUUUUAAUGACAUUUUCUGCAGAGCAGCAGAAGCUCAAUAGAAAUUCACCUCUGGAUUGUGGACUGAACUUGACAUCCCAGCAUGCCUUUGUUUACAUCUCCCACUAGCUUACAGCUCCUCACAACCUUAGGCUAACAUUAGCGUAGCAAAAAAAGGGCAAGGAAUAUAUGCAGCUGUAGUUUUGAGCUAGAUUCCAGCUAACAAAGACAAUAAUCAAUUUGUCUUUAAGUGGAGGAUUUAGAAUUGUAGCAGAGCACGGAGACUUUGUUCUGCGUCACAAACCUGAGCUUUUUUAAACUGUGGGUUUUCAUCUGAUCCAACUAGAUUUGACUAAUGGAACACUCAGAAAUGCAGUUUUAAUCUUAAAUUGGUUUAUAUAUGUCCUCUAUCAUAAGAAAAAUGCUAGAGGAACAUGCUACAAAAAAACAAAAAAAAAAAA